AUGGGUGAACGUGAAAGUACCGAGAGGACGACUAGGAUGUUUCCCUCCGCCUACGGCGGUUCUGCGGUGGGUACUCUGAUAACCCACGUGCGAAUGACAGGUGAGUGGGUUUUUGUCGGGGGUGUGAAGUCGGUGGUGGCGCUGGCGAUUGAGGAGGGGCCCAAAGCUUUCAUGACUCGACCUCUUCAUCGCCGGUUGAGUGUCCGGGCCUCCUACACAAGACAAGCUGUUGGGUGUAUCCUGGGCCUCCGAGUAACAGGAAUUUCUGCAGCUGGCUGGUCCAAGGGCCCCGUCCUCGUCGCACAUUCGGCCACAUCAAGCAUGUCAGACGGCAACGUGACGGUGGCUUCAAAUGUGCUUGGCACCAUCGGUACGGUGCUGUGGUGUAUUCAGCUGAUCCCGCAAAUAUGGUAUAACUAUCGGCGUAAGAAGACGGACGGAUUUCCGGCCGCCAUGAUGCUACUGUGGGCGAGUUGCUCGGUUCCCAUGGGGGCUUAUUUCAUUCUCCAGGCAAGUAUUUAUAAUGUGUCCAACCCCGGGCUCUAUGGUUUGCACGCAACGAGCAUGGAUAAAGUCAAUAUCCCAUUGCAGGUGCAGCCGCAAUUAUUCGGCUUCUUCUCCCUGGUGGCUUGGAGCCAGAUUCUUCAUUAUAGUCAUGACUUGAGCCUUACAAAGGCCAUGACCGUCUGCGCUGGCACCGUCGUCUUGUUCGGCGGUCUCGAGGCUCUUCUUAUUUUGACGUUGCGGAUACCUUACAGCAAAGGCGUGACUUGGCCGGACCUGGUCGUUGGUAUCUUCGGUGCUAUUCUCAUCAGUGCGGGGCUGAUCCCUCCGUAUUUCGAGUUGUGGAAGAGAGACGGACGAGUCAUUGGGUUUAAUUGGGUCUUUCUCGGCAUUGAUACGCUUGGGGGCCUCUUUUCCCUCUUUGCGCUGGCUGCCCAAGGGUCGUUUGACAUUCUUGGUGGAAUUAUGUAUAUCCUUGUUGUUGUGCUCGAGGCGGGGAUCUAUCUCAGUCAUCUCAUCUGGCGCUUUCGAUAUCGCAAGCUCCGCAGGGAAGCCAAAGAGACCGGGAGGAGCGUUGAUGAACUUCUCGAGUCGAGGGAAAAUGGGAGUGGACGGGCACAUCCACAUCCAUUGGACCACGUCGCAUUGUGUCCAGUCGACGAUGUUGAGAAGCAAGCAGCUACCCCUCGACAAGGAGCGUGA